UUGUUAGCUGGACCUUCCCGGCUGCCGUACUAUAACACGACUUGUUUAUCAGAGUAAUAAGACGUUCAUGCUAAGUGUGUUUGAGUGAGAAACAUGUCUGAAUAUUCACACGUGAAAUCAACUAAGCUUGUUCUGAAGGGUCAGAAUAAAGGAAAAAAGAAGAAGCACAAGGAUAAAAAGAGAAAAUCUGCAAAUGACGAAGAUAAACAAGAUAUUGUUGGUGGUUGGUGGUGUGUCAGUAGUUUCGGAGACAUUGCCGGAACAGUUGCCAUAGAGAUGCAGAACAACUCAUACAUUCAUGCCUUGGAUACUGGGCUCUUCACAAUCGGCGCGCCACAUGGAGAUGACGAGGGCCCGGACCCACCAGAGCAGCUCACCGCCAUUAAACUAUCAGACUCACGGAUUGCAUUUAAAUCUGGAUAUGGAAAGUACCUGGGCAUCAACUCUGACGGUCUGGUGAUGGGGCGCUCCGACGCCAUUGGGUCAAGAGAACAGUGGGAGCCCGUCUUCCAGGACGGUAAAAUGGCUCUGCUGGCUGCAAAUAGCUGUUUCAUCUCCUACAGUGAUGAUGGAGACAUCGUGGCCAACAGCAAGACAGCGGGGGACGCUGAGAUGCUGAAGAUCCGGACCAACACAGAACGGGAAGUCAAGCACAAAGAUGAGCUUGCAGAUGAGGACAGAGGGAAUGUGAAAUCCUGUGAGGUCAAUUAUGUGAAGAAAUUUCAGAGUUUCCAGGACAGACGGCUGAGGGUUAACGAAGACGACGCAUCGAACCUAAAGAAGGCCAGGGUGGACGGGAAGUUUCACGAAGCUUUGCUGGACAGGAGAAGCAAAAUGAAAGCAGACAGAUACUGCAAAUGAAGAGAGGGAGGAUUUCUACCGUUCUCUCUUUCAAGUCCUGCCUGUUUUCCAGGUGUGAUCAUGUGAUGUGGCUCUUUUCUUUUGUUGUUUUGUUUUUAUAUUUUAAAAAUAAAACUUUUACUGGUUUAAAAUGA